AAAUCUUAUCCUUAAUUGUUAUGAAUUUAGAGAUGUCUUGGUGAGCGCCAUUCAUAGACCAACAAAUUUGAUUGGAAUUUAUCAAGUUGUUUCUACUUUAAGUCCUUUUUUUCAUUCUUCUUUUUCUAUUUUUAUCCUUUUGACACCAGAUUUUCAUCCAGCAAACGCAUUUAUACUUAGAAAGGAUUCGCUAUAUUGAUUCAUAGUUUAACCAUAAUGACAACCUCAAUUCUUCAAAGAUUUAGUGGAUUACUUGAACCUACGAACUUAUAUAUAGUUUCUGUAGUAGCGUAUUCGUCGAGCAAUCGGCCAGAAAGUAUUGGGGGAGUCGCAAGAGAGGCCGUUGAACAUAUAGGCCCUUCCAUGUUUACAAAAUUGCGCGAAGCCUUGGUCAAGUCAGCUCCUUUGGUUGGUUUUCCUAGAACCAUCAACUCUUUGCGCGUAAUGGCUCAGUGUUUCCCAAACGCAUUUCCAAAUGAAUUUAGUCGAUCUUCAGAUGAAUAUGUUAACACUUCUGAGCGAGGUAAAAGAUAUUUUGAAAAGACGUAUGGCAAGGUAACAGAACGAGUUCUCAAUUCAAUGCAGUCUUCUUCUUCAGACUUGGCUCAUAUUGCUAUCGACUAUGCAUACGGAAAAGUACUCUCCUUUAACGAAAUUCUCUCUCCUUUAGAAACCAGUUUAAUGAUCAUCGCUUCUCUCGUCCCGCAAGAUGUGAACCCCCAGCUCCGAGGCCACUUAAAGGGUGCUCUAAAUCACGGUGCUACAAAGGAGCAGGUAAUGGGCGCACGAAACGUCUCUAUAGCGAUUGCAAAAGAAUGUAAAAUCAUUUUUCGUGGUGAGGUAGAAUCACUUUAGAUUUCGCACUAAACUUUCUAUCAGUGUUCCUUAUGUAACGGACGCAGAUGAAUAUUCUUGGUAAUGAUGGUUAUUCUCAUUUUACAUUCCUGAAUAACAAAUUACAGAGUUACCAUCUUUUCCACUACUAAGAAAACAAGAAAAAGGCCUACAUGUGAAGCGGUUAAUUUCAAUAAGUGAUCAAUACGAUGACUUUUGGAAACAGAAUCAUGGCAUAUUUCUUCACUAAACCCUAGAAGACUGAAACAAGAGGACAACACAUGUGGUCAGUGAACUUACUUUACAUCUUACGAUUUAAAAGGCUUUUACGAAUGGUACAUGGAUUCAUGUCACAGACCUUGCACUAUGAUGAAGUCUAACUAACAAGAGUUGUAAAGAACUUAGUAUCUACUUUCGACUACAAAACAAAUUAACUCUAUUUCAUUCAUUAAAUUAAAAUAGAC